AUGCCCAGACUGGAUGGUUGGCUAGGGACAUUUGCACGGCACACAUGCACUCGGAGACAUUUGCCGAGAUACAGCGAAGAAGGGAGUUCAGACAUCCAGUGCAGCGAGGUUGGCCCCUCGACGAAGAAUUUUUGGUCCAGGCCAAGCCCGAUGUUAUCUGUGAUCGUGGAGUUCCCAUCCGCCGUCAAACGUCGAAGAGGGGAUCUCUUCCCUCUGUAUGGUGGGAUUUUCGGCAGCCGGUCUCGGAAAAUCCUCCGGACAAUUUUCCUUCCCCAACUCCCGGAGGAGCCACCUCAAAUCGAGUGGGUUUUGGGGUGCAAUUGGCGGGCAACGGUGGGGUAUCAUCGCGGGGCAGCGCGACACGAUGAAUGGGAGGGCGGGUGA